CUUCGCGAAGCCGCCGCGUGGAGACCACGUCGUGAAUCAGUUGUGUCGCUCAAACUUCCGUGCAUUCCGUGUGACUUCUUUGACCCAUCUGACGACUGACCGCUACAGACUUCAACUUUUCCAGAGGUUGCAGUACCUUGAGAUAUCACGAUGAAGAGUAGCAUGAACGCGAAGCAGAUACGGCAGGCCUACAUUGACUUCUUCAAGAGCAAGGGCCACGAAUACGUGCACUCGAGCUCGACGAUACCCCACGAUGAUCCAUCUUUGCUCUUCACGAAUGCUGGAAUGAACCAGUUCAAGCCAAUAUUCCUUGGAACGGUCGAUCCCAACAGCGACAUGGCGAAAUGGGUGCGAGUCGUCAAUAGUCAGAAGUGCAUCCGCGCUGGAGGCAAGCACAACGAUCUGGACGACGUUGGUAAAGACGUUUAUCAUCACACGUUCUUCGAGAUGAUGGGAAACUGGUCCUUCGGCGAUUAUUUCAAGAAAGAGAUAUGCGCUUGGGCUUGGGAGUUUUUGACGGAUGUUUUGAAACUACCAGCUGAUAGAUUGUAUGUGACAUAUUUCGGUGGGGAUAUGAAAAGUGGGUUGGCGCCUGAUGACGAGUGCAAGGAUCUAUGGCUUUCUCUUGGAAUACCUGCCUCGCACGUUUUACCGGGUAACAUGAAGGACAAUUUUUGGGAAAUGGGCGAAACUGGACCAUGCGGACCGUGCAGCGAACUGCAUUACGAUCGUAUCGGUGGCAGAGAAGCGGCUCAUCUCGUAAACAUGGAUGAUCCCGAUGUUUUAGAGAUCUGGAAUCUAGUGUUCAUUCAAUAUAACAGGGAACCAGACGGCAGUCUUAAACCGUUACCGAAAAAGCAUAUAGAUUGCGGCUUGGGCUUAGAACGAUUGAUAUCGGUAAUUCAAGAUAAACGCGCUAAUUAUGAUACCGAUUUAUUCAUGCCUUUAUUCGAUGCGAUUGAAAAAGGUACGGGUGCUCCGCCUUAUAAAGGUAAAAUAGGAGCCGAUGAUGUUGACGGAAUCGACAUGGCGUAUAGAGUUCUGGCCGAUCAUGCUCGAACUAUUACAAUUGCUCUGGCAGAUGGAGGAAUGCCCGAUAAUACUGGUAGAGGAUACGUGCUAAGGAGAAUUUUACGGCGCGCCGUGCGCUACGCAACCGAGAAAUUAAAUGCUAAGCCAGGAUUUUUUGGAUCCCUCGUUAACGUAGUUGUAGAACUUCUCGGUGAUGUUUUUCCGGAAGUAAAAAGAGACCCGCAAAGUAUUAUUGAGAUCAUCAAUGAAGAAGAAAUACAAUUUUUGAAAACUUUAUCGCGGGGUCGUAAUUUAUUAAAUAGAACGAUAGCAAAGUUGGAAUCGACUAACGUUGUGCCAGGUGAUGUCGCGUGGCGUUUAUAUGACACUUAUGGUUUUCCAAUAGAUCUCACUCAGCUGAUGACUGAGGAGAAAGGAUUGAAAAUUGAUAUGACGGGCUACGAGGAGGCUAAAAAGCAAGCACAGUUAAUUUCUCAAAAUAAAGCCGGUGGUGUAGACGAUCAAAUUAAUUUGGAUGUCCAUGCCAUUACCGAGCUGCAAAAUCAAGGCGUUAAACCUACAGAUGAUUCUCCUAAAUAUGAUUACAAAGUAACGAAUACUGUUCAAUACAAUGAGUAUGAUUUUGCACCUUGUACUGGUACUGUAAUCGCACUAAGACGCGCCAAGGCUUUUGUCGACGAGGUAUCCUCUGGCGAAGAAGUUGGAAUUUUACUGGACAGGACAAACUUUUAUGCCGAGCAAGGAGGACAGAUAUUCGACGAAGGAUUUUUAGUGAAAGUCGAUGAUGAGGCUACGGAGAUUCGCGUGAAGAACGUUCAAGUCAGAGCCGGUUACGUAUUACACAUUGGUACCGUGGGCGAGGGCAAGUUGAGAAAGGGUGAUAAAGUUCAUACAAAUGUGGACACGAAACGUAGACGGUUCGUAAUGGCUAAUCAUAGUGCUACGCAUGCUCUGAAUUACGCCCUUAGGAAGGUCCUGGGAACGGAAGCUGAUCAGAAGGGAUCGUUGGUCGCGCCUGACAGGCUCCGCUUUGAUUUUACAAAUAAAGGACCAAUGACAACUAAACAAUUGCUGGACACGGAAGUAGCCACUCAAGAAAUGAUCAAGGACAACAAACAAAUUUACACUAAGGAGAGCAGUUUGGCUAUAGCGAAAACUAUUCAGGGUUUGCGCGCUAUGUUCGAAGAGACGUAUCCUGAUCCAGUACGUGUUGUUAGCAUGGGCGUAUCGGUUGAAAAGUUAGAGAGUGAUCCCUUAAGUAAAGCCGCUCUUGAAACCAGCGUAGAAUUUUGCGGAGGAACGCACUUGCAUUACACUGCUCACAUAGGUGAUUUUGUAAUAGCUAGUGAAGAUGCUAUCGCUAAAGGUAUUAGACGUAUAGUAGCGCUCACUGGACCGGAAGCGACAAAAGCUUUAAGAACAUCGACACUCUUACAGCAACAGAUACUUGCACUUAAAGAAAUGAUUGCUAACUCUGAAAUAAAUGUUAAGGAAUGUGUAAGGAAGAUAACAGAUUUAUCGGAGGAGAUAUCUCAUGCUGUCAUUCCUGCAUGGUUGAAGGAUAAUAUGCGCAACACAUUGAAAGACUUGAAGAAGUCUCUCGACGAUAAAGAACGAGCAGCGAAAGCAGCCGUUGCCACGUCGGUUGUACAAACCGCUCAGUCUAUAAUAGAGUCCAAUCCUGAAUGCAAAGUAUUGGUCGAGGUGAUGGAAGCUUACAGUAACACGAAAGCUCUAGAUUUGGCGUUGAAGAAAAUAAAAGCUAUAUCACAGGAAACUAGUGCUAUGCUUAUAAGCGUCGAUCAUAAUGUCAACAAGAUAUAUGCUCUCAGCUCCGUUUCCAAAUCCGGAAUAGAUGAAGGAUUGAAGGCGAAUGAAUGGGUUCAAGCUAUCGUACCUUUGAUGAAAGGCAAAGGAGGUGGAAAAGCCGAAUCUGCACAAGCUUCGGGUACAAAUAUAGCAUGCUUGAACGAAAUAGUGAGCAAAGCCAAGGAGUUCGCCAAUCAAAAACUUGGGAUAAACAAUACUGCUAACAAUAUUUGUAAGACUUCAAAAAUUAGUCGAUUACCUAAUACGGGAGCUUCAGAAUUUGUGCUUUAUGGGAAUCUUGGGAGCGCUAAAUGUUGGUUGGCACGAAUAAUCGCAGCGUACAGCGGCAAAAGUUUACUCGUUAAGCAAAUUAAAAACGCUGAAGCGUAUCCUGGCUAUGUAAAAUUAGAAACGACAGGCGCUACUCUACGCGACAGCAAUGCCAUUGCAUUCUUUUUGUCAAAUUCACAGCUACGGCGUGAUGACGAUUUGUCUGCAUCCUGUCAAGUUCUGCAAUGGAUGAGUUACGCGGAAAACCAUAUUACACCAUUAGUUGUUGAUUGGGUGCUUGCGGAGCUUGGCGUUUCCAAAAUGCCGAGAAACGUGAAAGCAGAUAUGAAUAUAUUUUCCAAGAUGGAUAUCUUUUACGCGUUAAGAAGGAUGGAAAUUGUACUACGUCCAAGAACAUACCUAGUAGGAGACAGGAUUUCUCUUGCGGAUUUAGUCCUCUUUACUGCAUUCAUACCUAUGUACGAACAUGUGUUUGAUUCACAGUUUAGAAAGCAAUACGUGAAUAUGAAUAGAUGGUUUUUUACGAUUCUGAAUCAGCCGCAAGUAAAACGUGUACUAAUAACUUUUAAAUUUUGUGAUUAUUUUAAAGAGAUAAAAGCUCAAUAUCGUUAAUAUCAUUGUGAUAAGGACUCAUUUUGUAUGUUUUUACCAGAUUUAUUACAGAAAAGUUAUAUCGAAAAUUUGGUAUCAUCUUCUGUUGUGUCAGUUUUAAGAUUAUCAUACAAUAUCCUAAUCUCCUUUAAUAAAGUGGAAACAUUGGUUCCUAUUUUAGCGGAGAUGGGAAUUAUUGGUAAAUCUACAUGGUCUCUGAGUAACUGUAAAUUAACCUGAAAUACAAAUUGCAAUCAUUAUUAUGAAAAAAAA